ACCCUCCUAAAAAGAUCAGUGCAUCUUAUAAAGAAGAGUACGGGACAACCGUAACGCGCGCCUCUUGACUUUCUCAUCGUGCUGAACUGCUGAUAAGUUUUGAGCGAUUAUAAAGAUGGAUUUUUAUAGCUUGAAAGCUGUUCUUGUAGUCUUCUGUUUGACUGUAUGUGUUGAGUUCGCUCACCCGUCCAUCCAAACCGUUCUCUACAGAAUCGAAGUAGUAACGAGUGACGAGUGGGGAGCUGGGACAGACGCUAAUGUGCAUAUCAAGAUAUAUGGUAGYCUUGGAAACACAGACUCAAUCAAAUUGACUAAGGGUGGCAACCUAUUUGAAAAAGGAGCGCACGAUGAGUUCGUAUUCGUUGCCAAGUAUGUCGGCAACCCUAUCACCAAAGUCGAAGUGAUGAGAGACACCAAGGGACUUUUUGAUGACUGGAAACUUGACAAGAUUCUCGUCAAAAGUAAUGCACCUAUAGUGUACAAGUUUGCCUUCAAUGCAUGGAUUCCUCCGAACAAAUGGAUCAAAAGUUAUGGAGGAAAGUAGACCAUCCCUGUACCAGAUGUACAUCUUAGAAAUAUAGUUUAAAAAUUUAAAACAUAAAUGAUUAGCAUUAAAUGUAAAGGGGAUUCACCACGUAAUAAAUUAUGUAAGCUACUGAGAGGUUCAAGAACUUUAA